CAUCGUGAAUAGACAUUUACGUUGAGUGCAGAGUGGUGCAGCGGGCGCAGACGAAACGAGCAGAUCUGACUGAUUUUACAAAUAUAACCUCACUACCGCAGCUGAGUAGAGCUGAAGAAAAUCAUGACGGAGGAGAUUUAUACACGCCGUAAUUAAAUCACAAGUAUUUUUUAAUUUUGCACCGACGAGUCUAAUGACAAUUUCGUGAAUCAAAAGUCAGAGGAGGAGUGCGAUCUUAACAAUGAGAAUUAUUUUAAUUAUCUGCAACACCGAGAUGAAAACUUAUACGUGACAGAUGACAGCUCUCAUCACAUGCAUCUUGUGCUGACGCUUUGAAGUUGUUACAGGGAGGAUUUACGUGUUUGAAUGAGACUUUCCUGUAGAGCAGUAUAUUUUGCGAUAUCUCGUGAGAAGGGAGGGAGAAGAAGAUGGUAUUACCGGCACGUAUAUUGCACAAAACCAACCGAGUCUCGUAUCACUAUCACAAUAUCUUUGUGAUAUGUUUACUGUCAUUCACAUUGUUCAUUGUACUGAUCUCGGUGUACCAUAUUUUCAAAUUCGGCAACACGCAGAAGCACUCCGAGCAUAUUCCCGUAACGCUGAGCGACAUAAAUGCCCUGCCAGUUCACACGUUACCCGCCGACGCGAGUACUGCGGACGCGACCAAUUCUUCCUGCACGUAUUUCACCUGUUUCAACGUGUACCGAUGCGGCAGCCAGGGGAGCAAGCUUCUGGUGUACGUCUAUCCGCUCAAGGUGUACCUGGACCCCACGGGUAGACCGAUAACCGGUCAGAUGACGAAGGAAUUCUAUCAGAUUCUGAGCGCUAUUGUCAGCAGUAAAUUUUACACUCCCAAUCCGUACGAAGCGUGCAUUUUUAUCCCUACCAUCGACACUCUCAAUCAGAACAGACUGAGGCUGCAGGAGGUCUCCCAGGCACUGAGAACGCUACCUUUCUGGAACAAGGGGGAGAAUCACUUGAUCUUCAACAUGGUGCCUGGAAGUGUGCCAGAUUACAGCACCGUCAUCGACGUAUCGGUGGGAAGAGCGAUGAUCGCAGGUGCUGGAAUGACGUCGUUGACGUACAGGCCUAGCUUCGACAUCAGUUUACCGGUCUACAGUCCACUCGUAAAUAAUCUGAAAACGAAUCACAGUAAUGCGAGAACAUGGCUAGCGAUGUCUUCGCAAAUCAACAUCAAUACUGCCUUUGAGCAAGAUUUAAUGGAAAUGAAAAUGACAUAUUCAAAAGACAUUUUGGUGCUGGGCCCGUGUCUGCACUUCAAUCCAAUGAACAAUACAAUACGUUGUGUAGGAGAGGAUAUAUACAAGUAUCCCGACAGCCUGCAAACAGCCACGUUUUGUCUGAUAAUCCGCGGCGCUCGGCUUGCUCAAAGUGCGCUUUUGGAUGCGAUGGCCGCCGGUUGUAUACCUGUGAUCAUAGCCGAUUCUCUAAUGAUGCCAUUUCAUGAUGUGAUCGAUUGGACCAAGGCUGCUGUUUUCAUACGUGAAGUUGACAUUUUAUUGACAAUACAACUGCUGAAAAAGAUAUCUCAUCAACGUAUUACGGAGAUGCAAGAACAGAACGCGUGGCUCUACGAUCGUUAUUUCAGUUCGAUGGAGAAGAUUACUGAAACUUCGUUAGAAAUACUCGCGGAUCGCGUUUUUCCGCAUUUAACACGAGAUUACACAUAUUGGAACAUAUCGCCCUACAAGGGAAAGCCCUCGCCACUCUUUCUGCCAGUGACUGCUCCGAAAACACGUGGCUUCACUGCCGUAAUAUUAACGUACGACAGACUGGAGUUAUUGUUCCUAUUGAUUAAUAAGCUUGUGAAGGUACCGAGUCUGUCCAAAGUUCUGGUAAUUUGGAAUAAUCAGCAAAAAGAUCCGCCACAUUCUGCUAGAUGGCCAAAAGUGAGUAAGCCAUUAAAAGUUAUGCAAACGAAAGAAAAUAAAUUAUCCAACCGAUUUUAUCCGUAUGAUGAGAUUGAGACCGAAGCAGUGCUAUCGAUAGAUGACGAUAUUAUCAUGUUGACUGCUGACGAAGUAGAAUUCGCUUAUGAGGUAUGGAGGGAAUUUCCGGAUAGAAUCGUCGGGUUUCCAUCACGCUUACAUAUGUGGGAUAAUGGUACCAAUUGUUGGAAGUAUGAAAGCGAAUGGACGAAUAGUAUUUCCAUGGUUUUAACAGGGGCAGCUUUUCAUCAUAAAUAUUGGAAUUACAUGUACACUACAGCGAUGCCUGGUGACAUAAAGGAGUGGGUCGAUGAGCACAUGAAUUGCGAGGACAUCGCAAUGAAUUUUCUGGUAGCGAAUAUUACUGGAAAAGCCCCGUUAAAGGUGACACCAAAGAAGAAAUUCCGAUGCCCCGAGUGUACCAAUACUGAAAUGCUAUCCGCGGAUUUGACGCACAUGGUGGAACGUACACAGUGUAUAAAUAAAUUCUCUUCUAUUUAUGGAACUAUGCCAUUGGAAUCGGUUGAAUUUCGCGCAGAUCCGGUUCUCUUCAAAGACGUAUUCCCAGAGAAAUUGAAGCGAUUCAAUGAUAUAGGCAGUUUAUAAUUUGCGUAUAAUUUUUUAAAAUAAUCAUGGAAGUCAGUUUAUAUAUUUAAUAUGAAUCAGUACUACGAUCCUGGUAGAUCAUCGGCAAUUCAUUAAAAAGGUCGAAAAAGAUUAGUUUAUCGAGAAUUUAUGUACAUAUCUAUCAAUUAAAAUGUAGGUAUAUAAAAUGUCCAAUUAUACUACAAUUGGAUUUAUUCAAAGUUGAAUUAGAUUUGCUAUUUUUUUUCAUAAUAUAUGAAAAUGUAAAUAAUGCAACAGUCUAUAAAAAUACUAUUUUGAUAACGCUAAUUAUAAAAUCUUUUAAAACUCUUCAAAUUAAAUUCUGUAUUCGUGAUGAUAAUUUGAAUUCGAUUUACUUUAUUCGACUUUGAAUACUAACAAAUUGCAAAUCUUAUUGAAAAUGAUUAUAUACUUAAUUAUCUAUAAUUCCAUUUGAUAACUGACCUCGAUAUCUUCUUAAUUCUACCUAAAGUCUAUUAAUUGUAAUAUAUAUGUGUAUUUAUUUUUUAUAUGUAUUAUAUAAUAGGUGAAAUAUUUGUUUAUGAUGGUAAACCAAAGAUGAUUUGAAAUUGUUGUCGGGAAUUAUUGUACAUGUUAAUAGUGAUGCACGAUCAUUGUAUUUAUAUAAGUUAACUAUAAAAUUUACAAUAACGUACACAGUAAUAUAAAAUUUAGGAAAAUAUGUUUACUGUAGAAAAUUGUGAUUAUGGAAAAUUAAUCAAUUU